AGUCAGUCACGCACGAGAUGCUGCUGCUGAUGCAACGGUGCAUGGCAUCGCAGUUGCUCCUGCUUAGACACAGCGAUGAUCUCUCGUGUCAUCGAAGCAGUUUCGUCCGCAGAGGCGUUAGACCCACCUCGUUCGCAAUCCCCGCUUGGUCAGGGUGGCGUUUCGGUGCCACAAACCGUCUGUACAGACGCCGAACAAGACGCUGUGGACGGUAAACUUGACGCGAAGAGGGAACCGGGCCGAUGUGUGUGUGGACUCGCAGCGUCGUUUGAGAUCAGCAGCUGACUGAUGAUGGGUUGGAAGGGCUGUGGACGUUACAGAGAGGGGUUACUCUCUGUCUCUGUCUCUCUCUCUGCAUUGAAUUGCUGGGUUUCUAUGAAAAGCAUGGGAAUCACGAUUGCAGGGAGCACGUUCCUGUUGCUGUCGCUCAGAAGUGUAGUAGUAAUGAUGCAGAUGUGGCUGGCAUGGAGAUAGACCGCGUACAGGUAUAAGGCAGAAUGAUGUGAGGCGUUUCCGUGUUGGUGUGGAUAUACGAGUAGCUGGCGAUGCGUCUGUGGAUGGGAUUACCUAGAGAGUCUGGAUGAAGAGAUGUUGUGCCGAGAGUAUUAUGAGGAGUCAUGUUAGGUGCCAUGUUGCGAUGUCAUUCUGUGACAGAGAGAGAGAGAGAUGGACGGACAGUCUGUCAUGAUAAGUGUUUCAGAGAUGGGAAUAAUCUCUUUCUUGUCAGGAAUGUCACUGCUACGUUCCACAGAAUUAAUUUCGAUUCUCUUGAGAUUCUCCGGUUGGGUGAUUCCAAAUCCUCCAGUCUGCUUUGUUAGCGACUUUUCGAAAGCUUUCGAUCUAGUGUAGGGAUUAAUGAGUUGACGAAUUCUCGGUUGAAUCUUGAUUGGAAGAUAUUUUACUAACCAACUCAACUUCUCGUUAGUUUGACUUGCGACACGCUACACGAAUCUCUGCAGCGGAGCGGCUGUCCAAAGUCGUGCGUGUACUUUAACUCGAGCUGUCGAGGUGGAGCUUGUGAUAGUGGGGAUUAGGUCAUUCAUUUAAGAGUCGUCCCCCAGCAUUGUUUUUUUUGAAAAGCAAUGGCUCCAAAGAGGCGACGGUCGUCUCAAGAGGAGAAGGAUGCCAAGAAGACACACUUCAUACCGUUGUACUUGCGGAAGAUUCCUAGCUCAAAUGUACCAGGGGAAGCUCCGCACGUAGCGAUGAAGGACGCCCCUUCCAUUAUUCCGGAUAGGAAUGAGGACAAGCAUGAGAGCCGAAAUAACUUAUUUGAUAUGGAUGAUGUGCUUCCAAUUCAACAUCCGCAUCCUGGUGUCGCUGCUCCGCUAGCUAUCAAGAUUCCCACUAUGUUAAUGCUCGGGAGCAAUCCACGUUUCUCAGGACUAAUUAAGUCAAAAGAUGUGGAGAUGAAGGAUGCAGAGGUUAGUGGCUCAAAAGAGCUGGGGUCCAAAACUCCGUCGUCAAAGAAACUCAAGAAGAGCUCUGUGAUUACAUGUAGCCUUGAGGAGGAGGAGAAGAAGAAGGAGGAGGACUUGGCUAACGUAAAGUUCGACAUUCUACCUGCGCCUAAGACAAUAGCCUUUGCAGCACGUGAUGAACCUGACACUCUUGGCAAAGAAAAAAGCGAGAAUUCUGACUACAUACGCAACUCUGGAUCUACCAAGCUCGAAACUUCAAGCGGGGAGGUGUCUUCCUUUUCUUAUGAUGCGAUUUCUGUUCAAGAUGACGGCUCCAAAAGGUCAAGAGACUCAAUUCUCCUUUCUGCUAAAAUUUUCGAGAGGGGUGCCGUGGUGCGUCGAGAAAAGGAUAAGCUGGAGGGUCAAGCCGAUUUUGGAUUUCAACCAGAGCUGAGGUUUGGCAGUUAUCCACCGCGUCCACCCCUCCAUUUAAUCUUCAAGCACGACGUCAAGAAGCGUCUGGAUUACAAAGACCUGCAGCACAUGGAGUUUGUCGAGAAUUGGACGGUUUAUGCAUUGCCUGAGACGGUGACUGAGCCCGAAGAGUACUUUGAGCGGCAGGCGUUUACUCUGAGCGACUGUAAAGUUGCCAUUAACAUUCCUCUCUACAUGUUUGACAAUCCACAGAUCGAUCUGAAGUAUCCCGCUCGUGAUCUCAAGGAGGCACGAAAAAGAGGCGAGAAAGGAGUUAAGGCACGCUCAAGGUAUUUCCUCACAUCCAUCAAGAGGUUUGUGUGGGCCCCCUGUUUGAUCGUGGACUACGACAGCAAAACGGAUACUUUCGACCUGGAGUGGUGUAACAAUGGCGCCCGGAAGCAUGUCAAACGAAUCAACUUCAUCCUAGACAGGGAAAAUGAGAGUAGUUUCCUGCUACGACUAUGUGGAGCGAAAGAUUUGAAAAAGAAUACUGAAGCAUCUAAUCGUUACAUGCACUACGUCAAAGGGCUACCAUUUGAUAACCCAGAACUUAUCAAUGAGAAAUUCAAAACCAAGGCCAGGACAUUGGUUGGUUGGGAACUCAGUGCCCGUUAUCCGGAGAGGUUGGAGGCUGUUUUGGACGAGUGUCGAGAAGAUUACCAUGACGCAGUAAACCAAGGCAUCCAGGAUUAUCGCUUAAAAAUUAACCUUCACGAGGGCGAAAAGCUAGCUGCUAUGCAGAUUUUUCCUUUGCAAGGACUCAAAGCACCCUGUCCAAGGCAAGGUUGUGCUCCUACACAGUGUGAUCCGGAGCAGAAGUUUUUGGCAAUUAGAAGAUUGAUACAUGAUACUCUGAUUAUUGCCGAGCUUGCUAUGUUAUUUGCACUACAGCUUUUCCACAGGGAGUAUGACAUUAGCGAACAAACAUUGGUUAACCCUAUUCUCUUUACAAAGCCGAGGCCCAUGUCCUGGUCCUACUUUCCUCCUCUACAAGAUGGAUGGUGUUCCGACAGAUCAGACGACAUAAAAGCUACGUGGAUGGGGAACGUUGUGGGACUGGUAGAAGAAAUUAUCCCACCCAGUGACAUAACCGAUCAGCAGAAAUCACACGUUCGUCGCUUUGCAUACAGACUCCACUUCACAAUGACGCAACAUCUUCGUGAUGUUGUUCUCAACUCUGUGGACGCCUGGGCAAAGCUUUGGGACGCUUAUACUAUGGGUGAGGUCAUUGAAGACGAGGAUGCCGAUGACUUUGUAAUGCCUGAUAACGACACGCCCCUAGAGGCGGAAGUUGAAGAACCCAAGCCAAAACCUUAUUUUCUCGUCAAACUUUCUGUGGAUAAGGAUUGUAAAUUUGUUUUCGUGCCCGAGUUGGAAGAGAUUAAAGAGGUCAUUCUGGUGAUGCUUGAUGAUAUUACUUUGAGCGUUGCGGGUAUAGAAAAUUUGGUUUCUCGCCUUGAUUCUAAAAUAGUCGAAGUGAACAAAACCCAAGAGAUCCACACAGUUACUAAAGACCAUCUCCGAGUAGUAGCUGCCCGGACCAAAAUACAGGUUCAGAAUUUGGAUACCCGCCUUUAUUUCACCUUUAGGCUUGUGUUAAUGCAAUUUUAUCAUUACGAUGACUUUGUAGAGGUGGCAACGACCAACAUGGAAGAGUAUUUAGCAAAAUAUAAAGCUUUAAAUUGCAAUAUCGAUGACUAUGAAAAAGAGGUCGAGCGUCUUAACAAGCUUGCUGCCGAUGUCAUGGCUGCGUCGGAGGACGAGGUAUGGUUGAACAUGUUUGUUGUCGAUUGCAAAACAAUUCAAGAGUUUGUGAAUGUCAAGGCCUCGAAUUUAGCAAAAGAGCUUCUAAAACAAGUGUUGGAGGCCGCUUGGCAAAGGAACACUGAUAUUUGUAAAAAGUUUCAAACAAUUCAGGACACUCUUCUAAAGUCACUGGAAAGUGCCGAAGAAUGGUUUUUUCUGAGAGAAUAUUUAGACAAAAACAAGCAGUACAACAUAAUGAAAGAUUCCAUCAAUAUACCUCAGCAGGUGAGAGACUUAUUCGAGAGGAAGGCUUUCUUGAUGCCAAAUAUCGACUUUGAGUUGUACUGGGCUACAAUCGCCUGGCCCCAGCAACUUCAAAAAGACGUCGAUGAAGCUGAAAAGAUUCUUGUUGCUGGCAAGACGAAAUACAUGGGUGAGCUCGUGAUGAAUCAAAUGAUGCUGAAGAAAGAGGUUGUCGACCUUGAAACUCUUGUGAGAGAGUUUAUGGAUCUGGGAGAUUUGGAGAGUUGGGAGGAAAGAUAUAUAGUCUGUACCGAGCUUGAGGCGAAGCUCAAAGACUGCCAUAACAAGGCUGAUCUGUAUGGGAGGCGAGAGGAGAUUUUUGGACAAAUCUCAGUCGAGCAUCCCGCCAUUGAGAAGAUGGAAAAAGAUUUUGAGAAUCAUAUCAGUUUUUGGCACACAGCCAAUGACUUUCUUAGAGUGCUACCCAAUUGGAUGGAUGGUCCUUUUACUCUGAUUGAUGGUGAAGAAAUGUUGAACAAUAUGGAUAAAUGGGUUCGUGCUUCAGCAAAGUGUGCAAAAUUACUGACGAAGGAUGUGAAAAUCGCUGCAGAGGAAUUAAGAAAGAGAAUAAUGGAUUUUAACGUAAAUGUACCCAUGAUUUACGCUCUGAGAAAUCCAGGUAUGCGUGAUCGGCACUGGAAGAGAUUGACUAAUCUAGUUGGGUUUGAGGUUGUUUGCACUCCUGAUUUCUCUUUGCGAACAGCUAUCAAUUUGAACCUACCAAAAUAUUUGGCUCAAUGCGAAGAGGUGAGUGAGUUUGCCAGCAAAGAGCAUGCAUUAGAAAAGUCCCUUGACAAGAUGCAGGGUGACUGGGCGACUGUCAAAUUUGAAUAUACUGAAUGGAAGGCAACAAAAACAUGCAUUCUACGUGGGACUGAUGAUCUCCAACAAGUGUUGGAUGACCAGUUGAUCAAGACUCAAUCCAUGACAGCGUCACCAUACAUUGGGCCUUUCGAGGAUCGCGUGCGUAUAUGGUUUGAGAAGCUUCAGUUUUUUAACAAGCUCUUGAAAGAAUGGUUAAGCUGCCAGGUUCAGUGGAUGUAUCUUGAACCCAUUUUCACUUCAGAAGACAUCAUGUCCCAAAUGCCAACAGAAGGUCGACGGUUUAAGCUUGUAGAUGGUGUAUGGAGGAAGAUCAUGGCCAAAUUAGCCAAAAACCCUGAUGCUUUGACUAUCGGCGGUGACGAGGACAUAAUGAAACAGUUGCAGGAGUCCAACAAAGAUCUUGAUUUUGUAACUAGCGGAUUGAAUGAGUAUCUUGAGACGAAGCGGCUUGCCUUCCCACGUUUCUACUUCUUGUCGAAUGAUGAACUUCUGGAGAUUCUCGCUGAAACCAAGGACCCAUUACGAGUACAACCGUUUUUAAAAAAGAUUUUUGAGGGAAUUCAUAGUAUUGAGUUCGAACAAAACAUGGUUGUCAAGGCAAUGAUCAGUGAAGAAGGUGAAAAAAUUUACUUUACUUCUCCUUUUAAUCCCAAAGAUGCGAUGGGAUCUGUCGAGAAGUGGCUUACUCAGGUAGAAGUGCAGAUGAGAAACAGUCUUAAGGAUGUGACAAGAAGAGCAUUUGAAGCAUAUGCUACUUCUGAACGAGUGCCCUGGAUAGUCCAUUGGCCAGGUCAAGUUGUCCUGUGCAUAUCUUCUAUGUACUGGACCUUAGAAAUGGGUGCUGCUAUUCAUGCAGAUGCCUUGCAGGCAUAUGAACGUAAAUGUACGUCCCAGCUCCAGGAUAUCGUGAAUAAGGUUCGAGGACAACUGUCGAAGCUUGAAAGAAAGACAAUUGGAGCUCUCAUUGUGAUUGAUGUACAUGCUAGAGAUGUGUGCAAAGCAUUGGCUGAGCAAGGCGUAAACGAUGAAUUGGAUUUCGAUUGGAUAAGCCAGCUGAGAUAUGAGUAUGUGGGAGAUGAUGACAUAAAAGUGUUAAUGAUCAAUGCUUGGCUUUUAUAUGCUUUCGAGUAUCUGGGAAAUAGUGGACGUUUGGUGAUAACACCCUUGACUGAUAGAUGUUACCGUACUCUCAUGGGAGCUCUUCAUCUCACCUUGGGUGGUGCUCCUGAAGGACCUGCAGGUACUGGCAAGACAGAGACCACGAAGGAUUUAGCGAAGGCCAUCGCCAUGCAAUGUGUAGUUUUCAACUGCUCAGAUGGUUUGGAUUACUUAGCAAUGGGUAAGUUCUUCAAGGGACUGGCCAGCUCGGGAGCAUGGGCUUGCUUUGACGAGUUCAACCGUAUUGAUCUCGAGGUGCUCAGUGUGAUAGCUCAGCAGAUUUUAACAAUUCAACGUGCAAAAGCGUCAAAUGCUGUAAGAUUUACGUUUGAAGGUGUUGUCCUCACACUGAAAAGGUCAUGCAACGUAUUCAUCACUAUGAAUCCAGGUUAUGCUGGACGAUCCGAGCUACCAGAUAAUUUGAAGGCAUUGUUCCGCUCUGUAGCGAUGAUGGUUCCUGACUAUGCUUUAAUUUCAGAAAUCACAUUGUAUUCUUUUGGUUAUCUGGAUGCUCGGUCGUUGGCCCGAAAACUUGUAGCUACCUAUCGACUUUGCAGUGAACAACUGUCAAGUCAGAACCAUUACGACUAUGGUAUGCGAGCUGUAAUAUCCGUGCUUCGUGCCGCUGGUGCCGUAAAGCAGAAGUUUCCAGAGGAAGACGAGGGUGUGCUGAUGCUGAAAUCACUAAAGGAUGUCAAUGCACCUAAGUUUCUCGCUCACGAUGUGCCACUUUUUGAGGGCAUCUUAUCUGAUUUGUUUCCUGGUGUAGUGUUACCUGAACCUGAUUACUCCGACAUGACCACGGCCAUUAGGAACAACUCCUUGAUCCGAAAUAUACAGCCUACGGCGUUCUUCCUUCAAAAGAUAUAUCAACUGUAUGAAAUGAUUCUAGUACGCCAUGGUCUCAUGUUGGUGGGCUACUCUUACGGAGCGAAAACAGAAGCAUAUCGAAUUCUGGGAAUGUCUCUCACGGAUAUGCAUAAGCAAGGUCUUGAGGAGAAAACAUUGUUUUAUGUUAUGAAUCCGAAGUCCAUAUACAUUGGACAAUUGUAUGGUCAAUUUGAUUCUGUCUCGCACGAAUGGACGGAUGGCGUUCUGGCCAGGUGGUUCCGACAUGCCGCAGUCGAUACUUCUCCUGAUCGCAAGUGGAUCAUUUUUGAUGGACCUGUGGAUGCUGUGUGGAUUGAGAACAUGAACACUGUACUUGAUGACAACAAAAAACUAUGUCUAAUGAGUGGCGAAAUUAUACAGAUGACAAUGCAGAUGAACUUAAUAUUUGAGGUGCAAGAUCUGGCAGUUGCUUCCCCAGCAACGGUGAGUCGAUGUGGUAUGGUUUAUGUCGAGCCAAGCUCGAUUGGAUGCUGGCCUCUGAUUACAUCGUGGAUGAAACACAUGAAAUUUUUUUUUCCAGGGCUUAUUGCCCAUUUUGACAUGGUAUACGAAUUACUGGAAUGGUUUGUCGAUCCCUGCGUCGACUUUACUAAACGACAUUGCAAAGAAAUAUGUCCUACAGCGCCCAUUAACCAGGCACAAAGCUUGCUUAAAAUGUAUGAAAGUCUCCUAGAUGAGUUCAAGAUUGUUCCGGGCACACAAGCCUCCACAACUGCGGAAACCUCUUUAGUUACUCCGCCCACAGGUGACGAUAUCAACAUGUGGGUUCAGGCCUUGUUUUCUCAAGCUCUCGUUUGGGGUGUAGGAGGAACAGUUGAUACUGAUGGCCGAAAGAAAUUCAAUGUUUUCGUUCGCAGGUUGCAAGAAGGAUUGACGACGGAGAAGGAGCUUGGUUUUGAGCUAACUGCUGGACAAGUAAUUAAAAAGCCUUCGUUCAAGUGGGCUCUUCCUUAUCCUAAAAUCGGAUCAAUCUAUUCAUAUUGUUUCUGGAAACCAGAGCAAACUUGGAAAGACUGGUUGCUGAUAGUGGACAACCGGCCUCCAGCUAUAGAUGCAGGCUACAACGACAUCAUUGUUCCUACACUAGACACGGCGCGCUACUCAUUUUUGCUUAUACUUCUUGUUGUUCACCAAAAGCAUGUGCUUUUCUGUGGCCCCACUGGCACAGGAAAAACGGUGUACAUCAAGAACAAUCUAAGUAGCUCAUUAGAUAAAGCCUUUUACCGGAAUAUCAUGCUGACUUUCUCAGCUCAAACGAACGCAAAUCAGACUCAGGCUAUCAUAGAGAGCAAGUUAGACAAGUUAAAGAAGGGUAUUUACGGGCCAUAUCCGGAGGCACGCUGUGUCGUUUUCGUUGACGAUCUGAACAUGCCAGCUCUAGAAACAUAUGGUGCACAACCUCCAAUUGAGAUUCUACGCCAGUGGAUGGAUCACGGUGGAUGGUAUGAUAGGGAAGACAACUCAUUUCGGUAUCUAGUUAACAUCCAAUUUGUCACCGCGAUGGGUCCGCCGGGAGGUGGUAGAAAUCCAGUGACGCCACGUUACAUGCGUCACUUUAAUGUGCUCGCUAUUUUGGACUUCGAGGAUUCUACUCUGUCUGUAGUAUUCACAAUCAUUUAUGAGUGGUGGGUUAGAAAGUCCAGACUUCCUCAUGAUGUGGCGAGUAUGAAUGCCAUCCUCGUGGAGGCUAGCAUUGACAUAUACCGCACUAUUCAAAGAGAGCUUUUGCCUACACCAUUGAAAUCGCAUUACUUGUUCAACCUGCGAGACUUGUCCAAAGUUUUCCAGGGCAUGUGCAUGUUUGCAGGUGUAAUGGAGGGUAAGAAAACGCUAGUGAAACUGUGGAGCCAUGAAUGCUUGCGGGUGUUUCACGACAGGCUCGUGACCGAGGAGGAUAGACUCUGGUUUUUUAAGUACUUGCAAAGUAGAGUGGAGAAGAAGUUGGAACUGUCCACUGAAUAUGUUUAUGAUUCAAUGGCUGAUGAUGACACAAUGACACAAGUGUACAAGCAGCUAGCAUUCGGCGACAUUAUGGAUCCUUCUGCAAUCCCAAGAAAAUAUGAAGAGAUCGCUGAUCACACCAAACUGUUAUUCAUGUUGCACGAAGGCCUUAAUGAAUUUAACGCUCAAACCAGAAGUCCAAUGCAUCUGGUUCUUUUCACGUAUGCUGCACAACAUAUCUUACGAAUAAGUCGCAUCAUCAGACAACCUUUUGGUAAUGCACUCUUGGUCGGAGUAGGAGGUGGAGGCCGACAAUCUCUCACCAGAUUAGCCACAUCCAUGGCUGGAUUUAACCUCUUUCAAGUUGAAAUUACAAAACUGUACGGCAUUAUGGAAUGGUGUGAAGACCUUAAGCUAGUUUUGAAGAAAGCAGGGGCAGAUAACACGCCAACUGUGUUCUUGUUCAACGACACCCAAUUGAAGCUGGAGCAAUUUCUCGAAGAUAUCAAUAACAUCCUGAAUGCAGGCGAGGUGCCAAAUCUAUACCCCAAAGAUGAAAUCAUGCCGCUCCUGGAUGCAGUUCGAAACCGUGCUAAAAAGGCUGGUCGGGAUGGCUCCUUGGCAGAGUUGUACAUGUACUUUGUGGAUCAGUGUCGGACCAACCUUCAUAUGGUUAUCGCCAUGAGUCCAUUUGGAGAUGCUUUCCGCACUCGGUUACGAAUGUUCCCCUCACUUGUGAAUUGCUGCACCAUUGAUUGGUAUAGUGAAUGGCCCGAGGAAGCUCUGCGCUCCGUAGCUACUAAUUUUGUCAGCUCUGUAAGAACAGCACGCUCAUUUGUUCAAUCUGCUGUGCGAGACAUGUGCAUGAUGUUUCAUACAAGAGGAACUGCUUUGUCGGUGGCCUUUCUCCAGGAACAAGGGCGAUACAUUUACGUCACGCCUACUUCGUAUUUGGAGCUCCUGGCUACCUACAAAGAACUUCUUGAACUGAAGCGCAAAGAGGUUGACCGGGUCAGAAACAGAUAUUCGAUGGGAUUGGAGAAGGUCUAUUUCGCGGAGGCUCAAGUCACUGUCAUGAAGCAAGAGUUGGAAGAUCUUCAGCCUAUUUUGUUGCAGACAGCUCAUGAAACAAACGUCCUCCUAGUACAAAUAGACGCCGAUACCAAGGAUGCACAAGCCACCCGUGAAGUCGUUGAGGCAGAGGAAGCAAUUGCGAGUGUCAAAGCAGGAGAGGCACAAGCUAUUAAGGAUGAUUGUGAGAAGGAGCUCGCUGUUGCAAUGCCCAUGUUGAAUGCUGCUCUUGCUGCUCUGGAUACCCUCACUAAAAACGACAUCACCGAAGUGAAGUCCAUGAAAAACCCUCCUGCUGCUGUCAAGCUUGUAAUGGAGGCGUGUUGCAUCAUGAAAGGGGUGGCAUCAAGGAAGAUACCAGACCCCAGCAAGCCAGGCGCGAAGAUGACAGAUUACUGGGGACCAGCACAGCAGAUGUUGGCUGAGAAUAACUUCCUGAUUUCUCUUAAAGAAUACGAUAAAGACAACAUGCCAGAUCAACUGAUGGGUUUGAUACGACCAUAUAUUAGUAAUCCGAUGUUUGACCCUGUCAUUGUGAGAAAGGCAUCGAAAGCAGCGUAUGGACUAUGCUGCUGGAUUCGUGCCAUGGAAAGCUACCACAAAGUUAAUAAGGUCGUCGCACCAAAAAAGGCGAGGCUGGCUGCAGCAACUGCUGAGUUUGAGGAACUGCAGGCAGCUCUGGCUGCGAAGAAGACAAUUCUGAAACAAGUUGAGGAAAAGCUUUCCCAACUUCAAGAUCAACUCAGUCAAAAAGGAAAAGAGAAAGCAGGUCUUGAAGCUGAAGUAAACAACUGCGAAAAUAAACUCACCAGAGCGGCACAGCUCAUAAAUGGGUUAGGAGGUGAAAAAACUAGAUGGACACAAGUUAUUAAAGAUCUAUCAGUCCAGUACAUUAACUUGCUUGGAGACGUGCUUCUUUCGUCUGGAUACAUCGCCUAUCUUGGUGCUGUGAGCAUGGCGUACCGUGAACCAAUCUUAAAAGAUUGGGACAUCGCCUUGAGAGAAAGAGAAAUUCCAUGCUCUGAGGAGUUCUCAUUAUCCAAAAUCCUUGGUGAUCCCGUCACGAUUCGUGACUGGGUGAUUGCUGGCCUUCCCAACGAUAGCUUCUCUAUUGACAAUGCGAUCAUCAUGAGCGCGGCAAGGCGGUGGCCACUGCUGAUUGAUCCUCAAGGACAAGCUAAUAAGUGGAUCAGAAACAAGGAAAAGCGUAACAAUUUGCAAACGAUGAAGUUGGGUGACGGAGACUUUAUGCGAAAGCUCGAAGCUUGUAUCCAAUUCGGCUACCCUUUGCUCCUUGAGAACAUCCUUGAAGAGCUUGAUCCAGCCUUGGAGCCCGUACUCAAGAAAACAAUCUUCCGAGCCGGUUCGUCGUGGCAGAUCCAGCUUGGGGAUAGCGUUAUCGAGUACAAUCAAAAGUUCAAGUUCUACAUGACCACAAAGUUACGCAAUCCUCAUUAUUUUCCAGAGGUUGCAGUCAAGGUAACACUUCUGAAUUUCAUGAUUACACCAGAGGGUCUGCAAGACCAGUUGUUGGCCGAGGCUGUGAAGCAUGAAAGACCAGAAUUAGAAGAGGAGAAAACCCAGUUGGUAUUGCAGGGUGCCGAGAAUGCUAAGCAACUAAAAGAAACUGAAGACCGAAUUAUAGAGGUAUUGUCAAGCGCUGAGGGGAAUAUCCUAGAAGAUGAAACGGCGAUUAAUAUCAUUUCUUCGUCGAAGGUGUUGUCCACAGAGAUUGAAGAGAAACAGAAGAUUUCUGUAGUAACAGAAGCCAAGAUCGAUCAGGCGCGAUUGGGCUACGUCCCAGUCGCCAUACAUGUCUCAGCUCUUUUCUUUACUGUCUCCUCUCUUGCCAACAUUGACCCCAUGUACCAGUACUCACUUUCAUGGUAUUUAAUAUUGUUCAAUUCAGCAAUGGUCAAGUCAGAGAAGUCCAAAGACCUUCAAAAACGAAUAGCUAUCUUGAAUGAUUUCUUCCAAUAUAUGCUGUACUGCAAUGUUGCGCGAAGCCUCUUCGAGAAAGACAAGAUGCUGCUGUCUUUGCUCAUAUGCACUACAAACAUGAGAAGAGAAGGUCAUUUUGAUGAACAGGAGUGGAGAUUCUUUCUGGCUGGUCCAUCAUCUACCUCGAAAGUUCCGGAACCUAACACUUCCAAAUGGCUGUCUGAUAAGCUGUGGAAUGAAAUGGUCAAGCUUUCGAAGUUCCCUGCAUUUUCGGGAUUGUCAGAUUCGUUUUCUACAAAUUUGCAAGGCUGGCAAGUUUUCUACAACUCUCAGGAUCCCUAUAGUGAAACAAUGCCUGAGAAUUGGCCCACAAAGCUGAGUAGUUUCCGGAGACUUCUUGUCAUUCGCGUAAUCCGACCGGACAAACUUAUAGGUGCUAUCAGUAGCUUCCUACUUGAGGCUAUGGGACAACGCUACAUUGAGCCUCCCGGGUUCAAUAUAGCAGGUGCAUUCGGUGAUUCGGGACCGCUCAUCCCCCUCAUAUUUAUGCUCUCUGCAGGAUCUGAUCCAAUGUCAGCUUUACUCAAGUAUGCUGAAGAAGAUAGACACGAGGUUGUCACGAUCUCACUUGGCCAAGGACAAGGGCCAAAAGCAGCGGAGUUGAUUUCAUCAGGAAUAAGAAAUGGAGAUUGGGUGGUGCUGCAAAAUUGUCACCUGGCCCCUUCGUGGAUGCCGUCGUUGGAAAAGAUUUGCGAGGAUCUUACAGUUGAAACAACGAACGUCGGGUUCCGGUUAUGGCUUACAAGCUACCCAUCCAAUCAAUUUCCCGUAGCUAUUCUCCAGAGUGGAGUUAAGAUGACAAAUGAGUCGCCUAAAGGACUACGAGCAAAUAUGAUUCAGAGCUAUUCAAGUUAUCCUGUAAAUGAUCCAAUUUAUUUUAACGAGAUCCAAGGGGACAAAGGUCCAGUUUGGAGGAAAAUGUUAUUUGGGCUUUGCUUUUUCCACGCUGCCGUCCAGGAGCGUGUGAAGUUCGGUCCUCUUGGAUGGAACAUUCCCUACCAAUUCAGUGAUCCUGACUUGAAAAUUAGCAUGAGGCAGUUGCAAUCUUUCCUCGUCGAAUGGCCUGAUAACGUACCAUGGAAGGCGCUGAACUAUGUGACGGGAGAGUGCAACUAUGGCGGCAGGGUGACUGACGGCCAUGACAGGAGGACACUUCUCAGCAUCCUUGCCGUCAUCUACCAUCCUGAGAUUCUGGAACACGAGUACAGGCUGUCGCCCUCUGGCAUCUACUACGUCCCCGAAGAUUGCGAAUGGCAGGAUUACGUCGACCAUAUUAAAAAAUUUCCCCUUAUUGCCACACCGGAAGUCCUUGGCUUACAUGAGAAUGCUGACAUCACAAAGGAUCAACAAGAAGUGGACCUGCUACUCAGCUCAAUACGCUCUACCCAGGCCCAAAGUAAAACAGGCGAGGGACGAAGUCGGGAGAGAAUUAUCAUGGAUAUCGUGGUUGAUCAGCGGAAUCGACUGCCACCCUCCUUCGAUUUGGAGUUAGCCCGAUUCAAGUACCCUGUCCGCUACGACGAGAGCAUGAACUCGGUUCUUGUUCAGGAAAUGGUUCGGUUCAACAAGCUCACAGAUGUGAUCCGUUCGAGCUUGGGGACGCUCCUGAAGGCACUCCAAGGACUGGUCGUUAUGUCGAGCGCAAUCGAGACCUUGUCGAACAACUUUUUCGACCUAAAGAUGCCGGUUUUGUGGGCACCCUCCAGCUACCCCACCAUGAUGCCUCUUGGCAGCUACUUCAAUGAUCUUGUGGCUCGGCUCAACAUGCUCCAAACCUGGAUGGACAAUGGCCCUCCCGCUCAGUUUUGGAUCAGUGGCUUCUUCUUCACACACGCAUUUUUAACUGGAGUGCUGCAAAAUUAUGCCAGAAAAUAUAGGAUUCCCAUAGACACAGUCUGCUUCGAGUUCAACACCUUGAAGCAGGUGGGCGAUUACAGCGAAAGGCCGGAGGACGGCUGUUAUAUCUACGGAAUGUUCAUGCAUGGAGCUCGCUGGGACGACGACGAAAGCUCCGUCAUGGAAUCGUAUGAAAAGAUCCUGUUCUCAGAUGCGCCCAUGCUGUGGCUUCUUCCAACUACGAUGGCAAAGAAGAGGCGUCAGAGAUGCUACAUGUGCCCAUUGUAUCGUACAUCUGAGCGACGGGGCGUGCUAGCAACGACGGGCCACUCCUCCAACUUCGUCUUCAACGUGGAGUUGCCCACAAUCGAGGACCCUGAUCACUGGGUACGCCGGGGAGUCGCCAUGCUUCUGUCACUGAACGACUGAACUGCUUUGCGCGUUCAAUCACAGCAACUAAUGCAUAUGCGAUUGCUUCCAAACGUCGGCCAUCUGAGUGAGCUCCUGCAGACUCGAUUGGCAAAAAAUCUACCACCGGAUUCUGGCAACAAACUUCACUGGAAGACGUCAUAUCUUCGACCAAUGUCACACCUCGACUAGAUGAUCAGUCUAGUGGCUUCCCAACUCACACGCUUUUACUUACCAAUGAGCUUGGAGUCAUGUUUGUUGUAGUCUGAGCACACCCAGCUGACCAGACUAUGGAUCCAUCCAAUUUUGUAGCAAAUGCAAUGGCAGCUCAGAGACAGUGUUGGCUCCCUUGAAGGUGAGUUUGAUCAAAAUGACAAAAAAUGGCACUAAAUCCGAAGUUUUUAAAAUUUUGAAUGAGAAGUCUCAAGAUACUUUAGCAAAAUUUUAGCAAAGUUAAUUUUAAGAGAAGAAGAGGUUGAUUACAAGAUUUUGCUCAACUAACAGUUUCUUGUGUGACCAACACAUUGUUAAGAAUAAAUUGUUAGAAGAUAAAGGUGGUUUGGUUAGGAUGGAUCAUCUUCACUACUAUGGAUUGAUUGCAAUAGGUCUCCAAUUUUUUAGUAAAAUUUGAAUGUUCCCUUUGUGUAAGAAGGUGAUAAAUCUUUUGAUAAUGUUUUGUAGAAAAUGGCACUGAAAUAACACUUGAUUAAUUAUGGAGAUAUAGUCUUCUCUAAUAAUAUACCCAAAUAAUUUUAAAAGUUC